GCUUUUAUGAGAUCUAAGGGUCGAGUCCCUUCUAGGAAUUAGGGUUUUGCGCAGCAAGCGAGGCGGUCGCGAUGCCUCAGGGAGAUUACAUCGAUUUGCACCGCAAGCGGCAUGGGUACCGCCCGGAUUACUUCGAAAGGAAACGCAAGAAGGAUGCUCGGGAGGUCCACAAGCGUGCGGCCUACGCGCAGAAGGCGAUCGGUCUCAAGGGCAAGAUGUUCGCGAACAAGCGAUACAAGGAGAAGGCGUUGUUGAAGAAAACGCUUGCUAUGCACUCCGAGAAAGCAAACAGGCACAAGGUUGAGGAUGACGUUCAGGAAGGCGCCAUUCCUGCGUACUUGCUCGAUCGUGAGGCGACUACUCGUGCUAAGGUUCUGAGCAACAGUAUCAAGCAAAAGCGUAAGGAAAAAGCAGGAAAAUGGCAAGUUCCGCUUCCAAAGGUCCGACCCAUUGCGGAAGACGAAAUGUUCCGAGUUAUGCGAUCUGGCAAAAGAAAGACUAAACAGUGGAAGCGAAUGGUUACUAAAGCCACAUUUGUUGGAGCCGGUUUCACGAGGAAACCACCGAAGUACGAGAGGUUUAUCAGGCCCAUGGGGUUGAGGUUCACCAAGGCACACGUUUCACAUCCGGAGCUCAAGUGUACAUUCCAGCUUGAAAUCCUUGGCGUGAAGAAAAACCCGAACGGCCCCAUGUACACGUCCCUGGGUGUGAUAACUAGGGGAACGAUCAUCGAGGUAAAUGUUAGCGAGCUCGGACUCGUAACUCCUGCUGGAAAAGUUGUAUGGGGGAAGUUUGCUCAAGUGACAAACAAUCCGGAAAACGAUGGCUGCAUCAAUGCAGUCUUACUUGUGUAACAACAAAGACUCCGUGAGCAAAAUUUUGUGGCAAGUAAAUCUAAAAUCUAUCGUUUGUA